AUCGCUGCACCGCUCUCUUCUACUCCAUCCGCCUAAAGUAUGCGCCCGAGCAGCUGCCUCGCUGCAUCAACAGCGAGCACGAGAACGAUAGCAUGCGGCGCGCUCGCUCGUGCUACUCGUACCUCCGCCGACUUCGAUGGCAUGCGAACGAGAGCGUGCUCGCUCUACUCCAGCGUCUUCCUCGACUCCGCGGCAAUUACGAGCAUGCGCACGGGUGCUGGACGGUCACAGUACCCUCUGUACCCCACAGCGUACCAAUGCGAGCCCGCGCUGUCGUUCGCCGGCAACCACUGCCCUCCCAGCGCCCAACGCGUCGAGCCAUUCAUGCAGACCCGCCCCAUCCGCCGCCCGCUCCCUCGCCCGAUCACCACGGUUCACGAGCGCGCGGACGCAUGCAGGAGAUGGCGACCCAGCGGUGGCGGCAGUACAGGAGGAGGGAGGGAUGGAGGGUUGGCAUUGGAUCGGUGCUGUAGGUGAGUCGCGGUCGCCCGGUAUUGCGCGUCGCCCCAGGGCGCAUACACUUGCCUUUUACAGGCUUUCCCCCCUCGUUCGACCAUCCCAGCGCGCUCUGCCGACCUCGACGACCCUCGCACCAGCCCAUGCGCUUUCCGGUGCGCCCUCGUUGACUCCGCGGCAACGACGAGCACGCGCACGCGUACUGAACGGCCACGAUCCUCUCUGUUGCCCACGGUGUAACAACGCGAGCCCGCCCCGUCGUUCACCGCAACCACCACCUUCCCAACGCCGGCGCCAUGCGCCGCUCACUCCUCGACCGAUCACCACGGCUCUCGAGCGUGUGAACGCUUGCAACAGAUGGCGACUCGGCUGUGGCGGUACUACAGGAGGAGGGAGGGAUGGAGGAAUAGCAUUGGAUCGGUGCUGUAGCGCGCUCUGCGACCUCGAAGCCCUCGCAAGAAUGCACGCGAUGCAUCGUCCCCGCGCCUCGCGGAUCGCCCAUCUCUUCUUGCCUUACACGACGAUCAGCUGCCCUUCACACGUUCUUCACCACUACGGCACCCGAACCGGCCGCGUUCUCUGUUCGCCGCCACCACCUUACCAACGCCCGACGCGAUGCGCCGAUUGUGCAGGCCUGCCACAUCCGCGACCCACUCCUCUCCGAUCACCACGGCUCUCGAGCGCGCGGACGCUUACAAUAGAUGGCGACCCGGCGGCGGCAGCUCUCUUUGCUCUGAACACGACGAGCCGAUCACGCAGGCUCAUCUGAGUUUCUGCCGACGCACACCCUCGAUCACGACGGCUCGCGAGCGUAUAGAUUUACGCAGGACGCGUCGAUCCCUGGUCGACGACAUGACGGAAGGAUGGCAGGGUGCGGGGCCACGAGCGAACAUA